GGGGGCGCGAGGAUACCGCUAUCAGCUAUUUCCUUCUUCACGGAGGACACGUUCGAAACCCUCGCAGGUUCCAGGUUAGUACCGGAGUGCGAUUGUCGUGCCAGGGUCAUUUUCGAGACGUUUGCGAAGCACGAUCCUCCUGCAGCAAAAGCUCUGCAAGAAUUCGAAGCAAAGCUGGAGCAAUUAAGAGGACUACUUUUUAUCAGCGGGAAGUAUCAACUUCAGAGGACCCGCCUCUUUUACAGCCUCGUUGAUUACUCGCUCUCAUCUUCGCUUCGGCUCUAAAGAAGGAACUCGAGGGGAGUGCUGAUAUACCCGAAAAGCACAGGAAAGUCGGGAAGGAGAACAAGCGGAAAAUAGCACAGUGGUGGCUGCGUCGAUUAAGGCACCAAAAAGGCGAAAGUAGAAUAUAUAUCAUCAUCAUGUAUAUGAAUAAAAGCGUACCACGUAGCCUUGUGAACUAGGCGUCCGUGCUGACGCUGAGUAUGUCUUUUUACAAAGAGGACAGAAGCUCAAUUUAUGCGGGUCGACAGAUAUAAUUUCCAUUUUUUGGGGCGAACUCGAAGCGGUCAGCAUUAACUGUAACAGCAUCCACUUGGCUCAAGGCUUAUGGCCUUCUGAGUAGGUACAUCACUCAAUGACACUAGUAUGCUUUGCUAGCUGUAUGAUCAUCGUGACAGCAUGUCUUUCCAGAUGAAUUAUCUUGCUGAGCUCUAAGUAGGUGCACUCGGGUGUUGAUCAAAUGCGAGCGCACCAGGAGCCAGAAGAGGGAAGAUUAAGAUGCAGAUAACUACUUGUAGAUAGAUUGAUACUCAUCAUAUUGAUGAAUGAAGAUCAGUCUGUAACUAUUUUGUUUACAGUACUAGUAGGAGUCGUCGUCGUCAUCGUACUAAAGCAGGAAAGAGUCGAGCGUUGUUCUUGUUUAGAGAGGAGGGGUAAGGAUCCUCUAAACGGCCCAAAUGACCGAUGCGAACCGCGAUCUUCAGGAAAUUGUCUACCACAUGGACGCGGAGUCUUUCCGGCUAAUAGCAACGGAAAAAGAAGCGUGGGGAGAAGCCUUUAACGAAUACGACGACAUAGUCUCCACAUAUUUACGGCCUGCAGUUCUUGAUGUAGGUGUCUAGGUCUCCUAGGAUCCCUGGCCUAACCUAGGUAGAAAAGGUCCCUAACCUAGCCUAACCUAGGUAGAAGGAUCCCUGACCUAACCUAACCUAGGUAGAAGGAUCCCCAGCCUAACCUAACCUAGGUAUAGAAGGAUCCCUAGCCUAACCUAACCUAGGUAUAGAAGGAUCCCUAGCCUGACCUAGGUAGAAGAUGAAUAGAUCUUCAGGUUUUUUUAAUUCCCUAUUAGCUUUUUCUACUUAUCACUCACACUCUCUACUCCUAGCCUCUGCUUGGAGAAAGACAGGCUUUUCUCUACGUCUGCUUCGUAGUCGUACCUACUCAUACACUAAAUUAAUAAGUAUGCGAAUGAAGGUGACAGAUCAUCCGACGACGACAAGCUUUAAACUAGCCUCCGGACGAUCGGGAUUGGAGCGAGUUUUUGGACGAGAGCAGUUUCCACGGUGUAAAGUUUGGUGUUGAUCUCCUUUCUUCGGCUAUUUGUACCCUAGGAUUACUUACGGCGACGGAAAUCGAUAAGCACAUCCAGAGUGCAAGCACUACUCUCUUAGUAAGAAAGCGUUCAAGUAGAAGAGUAAGACCUACAAUCAGUUACUUUACGCGGAACGAGGCAACGUUCAAGCACGCGUUCCGGCACCUACGGAGGUGUCGCUGACGCAAGAUACUGAGUCUGAAACGUCUUUACUACCCUUCAUAUUUCUGCGGCUCCGGGAUGAGGAUCUGUUGCGAGUGCUUUAAGGCUAGCGCUGUCUCAAUUGCCCAGAGUGAAGACAAUGACAAAGUCGGUGUACUUCUAUUCCAGAUCUAUAUCAAACGUGGAUAAAGAGGAAGUUUACGGAAGUCCAAAGUAUGCUGAGCUAUCUACUUUAUUGGCACAUCUAACAACAGGAGAAGCAGAUUUAUUAUCACCACCACAUAGCUGACCACUACAAUUGCAGCGAUGCUCCUCGAGGUUUUUUUGCCGCAGUACCUGAU